AUGCGCUCAUUCAUCACCAUCGCUACCACCGCUGCUCUCGUCAGCUCUGCUGCCGCUGCCCCAUGGGGACCCGGUGGUGGUUGGUGGGGACGACCAGGCCCAGGCAAAUGUCUGACUGCAGACUCAGCUCAGUACCUCGUUGAUGGCUUCGAGGGUCUCAUCUCAGCCUACUCUGAUGCCAACGCCGACAAACUUCUAUCUGAUGAUUUCUCCGACUACUCCGACAGCAUCAACUCUCUGGCCGGUAUCCCAGUUGGUCAAGUCACAUUCCCCAACAAGGCUGCAUUCAAGGCCGGUCAAGGUGCUCAGCCAGCUGUGCCCAUCGAGACUCUUGCCAUUGAGUCCUUCACCUGCGACACCAUCGCUCUCCGCUGGUUGGUCGGACUUCAACCUGAGCCAGUCAAGGGUAUCACCAUCUUGAAGGCAUCCAACGCCCAGGGCCAAAAGGAUACCUGGCAAAUCAAGACCAUCUUCACCGAGUUCAACAGCAUCUCGUGGCUGAAGGAUAUCGGUGGCACCGUCACUCUUCCCGGUCGCCCAGCAUAA